AUGCUGCCUGCAUAGGCUUCCAAGCCUCUCUCACCGCCAAACCAAGCUGAUGAAUGUAAUAGCGAAUUUUCUUUUCGCUGGACUUUUUUACCGCGGGUCGCAACGCUGAUACCAGUGAUCUAUAUGAACCUGACCUAGAGAACUGUCACAGUUGCGAGGAUGGCAGAGCGGGAAGGAGGAUUCGGGCAAAAUGUGCUCGGCAAGCUCAAGCUGGUCGGGGGCAAGGUGGUGGACUUGGGAGGAACCUUUGCUGGCAAAGUCGUGGAUGUGGGAGGCACCGUGGGAGGCAAGCUGGGCGACAUCGGUGGAAGAAUUGGUUCUCAGAUAGCCAGCUUGGCUGAGACGGACUUUGAGCGCAUGCGGCAGCUCAACCAGAUUGCUAAACAGCAGCAGGACCUGCGACGCAAGUACACGGAGGAGGAGCUGCAAGCGGUGGAGAAGCGGGCAGACCUGGUCCUCGGGCAGCUCUACUCUGGGUAUUUCGAGGCCAACUUUGACCCGGUGGCGUAUGAGCUGUCAAAGCUCAACGACCACGAUAACCAGGACCAUAUCGACGAGCUGGUGGAGCGCCUGACGCUCGGCGUGGAGACCGUCAGCGGGCGGCUGUCGCGGCACGUGAACAAGAAGCGCGAUGUGCUGCUGGCGGGCAUUGACCGAGUCGCCGAGGUUGAGGACGACCUGAAGGCCGCCUACCACAUCUCCCGCUCCAGCCGCGCCAGCCUCAAGGCGGCGGCGGAGGAGGUGCAGCGCAACAUGCGCGUGGUGGGGCAGACGCGGCGCAAGCAGGCGUUCAUGGAGAUGAUGGAGGUGGUCAGCAAGAUCAAGCGGGCCCGGGACCUGCAGCACCUGCUCAAGAAGUCCCAGGAGCUGGGCGAGUACGGCGACGCCAUCCUGACAUGCGUGCAGUGCUUCCAGGGAAUGGACUCGCUGAGGCAGCUGGCAGUGUCCGGCGACCUGCGCGCCAGUGUGCAGCGGGCGUAUGUGGACACGCUGCGGCGCAUGGAUGGCGCGCUCACCAACAUCUGCUCCGAGUUCGACCCCGACAAGUACACCAAGAUCCUGGAGGGCUACCUGCUCCAGGGCAUUGACGGCAAAGCGCUGGCGGACAAGGUGCUGCAGUGCUUCACCGACGCCAUCCACGACGUCACCACGCGCGUCGUGCGCUCGCUGCUGCUCACCAAGCCCAAACUGGCCGACAAGUUGGCGGCGGGCGGCGCGGCGGCCAUGGCCCUGGGCUACGGCGAGCUGCUGCGGGCGCUGCCCACCGACCUGCUGCGGCCCUGCCUCAUGCGCAUCCUGGAGGUGGUGUUCGACAUCCUGGCCUCCUACCACGUGAUGGCGCACUGGCACGUGAUGGCAGUGGCCAAGCAGGGCCAGAUGGAGGCGGCGGCGCAGGGCAUGAACGAGGAGGCGCGGCGCGCGCAGGCCGCCACCGCCAGCUUCCUGACUUCCGUCAAUGACAUGCUCAAGGCUUCCCGCGUGGAGGUGCUGGAGGUGGCGGCCAGGCGGGUGCGCGACCUGCUGGGGCUGGACAACCUGUUCAAGGGCGAGGACUUCCUGCAGGCCGUGGACUGGUGCGGCAAGUUCGGCGGCUGCUGCGAGGCCUUCCUCAGCGGCCCCACCGAGCUGCGCCCCGCCGUCAUGGCCAGCUGCGCGCGCUUCCUGCCCGCCUACCACCGCUCCAACCUGGAGUCCCUCACCACCUGCCUCAACAACGAGGCAUGGCAGGACAUCGGCGCGGUGACGGGCGCUGCGGGCGCUGUGACGCUGGAGCUGGAGGAGGCCAUCCGCGACUCGCCCUACUACGUGCCCGCCUGGGGCGAGCCCGGCGCCGUGCAGUCGUUCGACAAGUGGAUGGUGGAAGGCAACCCCUUCAAACGAGGUCUGGGCCAGGGCAACGCGCCCGAGGGCAAGCAGAAGUCGCUGGUGGACCUGCUGCAGAAGACCACGGCGGAGGGCAAGGAGCUGUCGCGCAACAACAGCCAGCACACCAACCUGGCGGCCGCGGAGUCGGGGGCAGGCGGAGGCGCAGAGGAGGGCGGCAGCGGCAGUGAGCGGCAAUCUAGCAGUGGCGCAGCAGAGGCAUCGGCCGGCACAAGCGGGACAGGCGACGCGCAUGCGACGCCGUCGACGCCGGCGCCUGCCGGGUCGGGGGCAGCGGCAGCAGGGGCGGGCACGCCUGGGGCGGCGGACCGGGGCGCGGCGGGCCCGGCUGGGUCAAGCGGCCAGCCGCGCACGCCCGCCAUGCUGACCAUCUCGUCGCAACAGGCCCUCAAGUACAUAAGACACUAUGGCCAGAUAAUGAAGCCGCUUCAGGGCAACAGCGAGGCGCUGUGGCGGCACCUGAGCGAGCUGUUCGACCUGUACCUGCUCUACUGCUUCUCCGCGUUCGGCGGCAUGGGGCUGGAGGACCUGGUGUGGCGCGACGACCUGGUCAGCCCGAGGCUCAAGGGCGCGCUGCUGCGCAUCCUCACCGCGGAGGGGUCGAGGUACCGCACGCUGGUCGAGGAGCUCGUCCGCAACCGGCCGCUCAACAGCCGCGGCGCGCCCAUCGCCUCCACGGGGCUGGGCCUGCUGGACCGCUUCGGCGACAGGAUGGAGAGCUUCGCCGACUCCAUGGAGCGCAGCGUCAGCCGCAUGGCCGUCAAGCUGGGGGACAGCAAGCUGGCGCAGGUCAUGGGCGGCGCGGAGGGCAGCGGGCACGGCGCGGGCGGUGUGCAGGUCAGCGGCGCCUCCAUGGUGGGGCUGUCGGCGGGCUCGCAGCACGCACUGCCCAGCGCCAACACAGGCAUGCUCACGCCCGUGGCGGCACCGCGGCCCAGCGGCGGCAGCGGCACGGGGGGCGGCGCCAUGGAUGGGACCGGCGGCGGCGCAAGCGGCAGCCCGGGCAACGGCGGCGCGGGGGCUGGCGCUUCUCAGUGGGGGCUGCGGGAGCGUGUGGUGGCGGUGGAGUCCCUCAUGUACAUGGCGACGGAGCUACGGGCAGCCAAGAACGCCAUCAUUCUGGCGCUGCCGGGCCGCUGCAGCCGCGACGUUGAGACCUACUUCGCCCGCACCGUGGAGGCGGCGGCGGACCUGAAGGAGCACCUGUUCCGGGCCGCCACCCGCGUCAUGAUGCAGGGUGUGUGGGACGGCGAGCGCGGGAUCCCGGCCGCCAUCGGCGUCACCAACUACAACGUGCGCGAGCCCGCCGUCCGGCAGAGCCCCUGGGCCGACUUCAGCGUUCGCGCGCUGCAGACGUUCAGGGAGCGGGUGCUGGCGGCGCGGCUGCCGAUGCCGCUGAUCGCGUCGCUGUGGGAGUACGCGGCGGGCGUGGUGGCGGAGGGCAUCCUGACGGGGCUGGCGGGCGUGCGCAAGUGCAGCCUGGAGGGCCGAGCCAACAUGUCCCUGGACCUCAGCCACGUGGAACGCCAGAUGCGUGCCAUGGGUCCGCCCGGCUUCAAGCCCGCGGCGCUGGCCGCUGUGGACGCCUACAUCAAGGCCUUCUACCUGCCCUGGGACGACCUGCCGAAGUGGUGCCAGACGCACAUUUCCGAGUACGGCAAGCAGCGGCUGUUUACUCUGGUGGAGGUGGCUGCGGAGUUCAACAAGGUCAAGCGGGGGCAGAAGAACGACGUGCUGGAGGCCAUUGAGGAGGCAGCGGACGCCACUGGCAGGGCUUUCUGAAGCGGCGGUGGAUGAGGGGUGGCUGGUGCUGGCGGGCGGGAUUUAGGGGGAGGUUCGAUUUGGGCUGGGGCUUUCGGCUUGCCACCUGGCGUUGGGCAGGGAUUGUGAAACCUGAGGGGUGAUCGCUGUUCCGGUUUUGGGGGUGGGGCGCUGUAGCAGGGCGUGCGGGUGCGCGCGUGAUGAUGGAAAGCCCGGCCCUUCAAAGGGAGGUGGAUAGGACUGAGGACUACGUUAAAAUGCAAACGUGUGUCGGAGACGAGUACGAGUAAACCAGUAAAUGCACUAAAUGGUGAAGAAUUGAUCUGCAUGCGGAACGCACGAGCGCAAGGACCCGCACAGCUCUGACUACGCUGCGGUUGCUUGGCUACCUACAUUUCACUGGAGGUUACCUCUCCAUGUUGUGUUCGGAUCUGAUGCAGAGAGGAAUGAAGAAUGCACGCCAAUCCGGCUUCAAGCUCAGUGCCAUGAGCACCACAUCGCGCUCCCCUUAACCGGCAAGCGCCCACCCGCUGCACCCCGCAACCCCCUGCCGCCGACCAGUUACGAAGUCUGUCUGUCUGUCUGUCAGCGGCGAGCUGCUAGAGCGCAUCCGGGCGUCCGGGAACCUAGAGGCGGUUGCUAGCACGAGUGGGACGUCGGUGAGCGGACGCUAUGUCCGUGCGUGGCAAUCGGCAGGGCGGGAGGUGUGGAACGUGGUGGUGGUGGUGACGCCCCAGGAACGCAGCGCACUCAGUGCUCGUAUAUUCCUUCUUGUCGACAGAAAUUUGCCUAAUAAUGCCUCCGGCGGAAGAAUUUUUUGAUUCUUGUGGCCAAAAAUCUGUGGAACCGCUUCAGGUUUGGAGGGGUCUUUCUGAGAUUCGCAGAAGACAUUUUAGGGCGUUUCUGUCACUGGUCCGGGCCCAAGGCAAGGGUGAGGUUCCCCAGGAAACUCUAUCUACGGCCGUGUCCUGCUGGCACCGUGGGGGCACACCAAGAUAGGGCAGCCUUCUACUAGGGGAGUCAUUACGUGGGUGGGUGAGCGUGAUGAGCGUGGGAGAGGGCGUUGGGGUUUGGCGUGGGGAUGGGCCACGUUUUGCCAUGGAGCCAUAGAGCCGGUGCGUUGUCAGCAACGAAGGCAACAGACCCCGCACGCUGUAACAGGGGCACAUCCCGUGCGGCGGAAUAUUUUGCUGUGCCGGAGCCGAAACGUGGGCUGGGGGCAACAGCAACCUCACCCCGCAUGCUGUAACAGGGGCACAUGCGGUGCGGCGAUAUAUUUUGCUGUGUCAGAGCCGGAACGUGGGCUGGGGGCAACAGCAACCUUACCCCGCACGCUGUAACAGGACAAGCUUGUUUGCACCAGAUGCCCAGUACCAGCCAUGUGUACCAAGCUGUGUGUUUGUGUGGUGUUUCUGUUUUGAGAUGGAUGCACGGCACGAAUGGGAGAUUGAGAGAUUGCUGACACGGCCUGCCACACCCCUGGCUUGACACGAACCGUGCAAAGGUCGGGGGCGGAGCCCCCGGAAAAUUUUUGGCAUGAAAGACGGCAGCGGGUUUCUGAAAGUUAAAGAUGCCCUAUUUCGGAAAUCUGUCACUGGCGCCGCACCUGCCUUCUUAAGAUACGAGCACUGAGCGCACUGGUUAGGGCCGCACCCCUGGUCCGCAGCACAGGUGUGGUGGUGGCGCCUUACCUGACGUCCGUAGGGUAUGCACUGCGCAAGGAGCAACUUGGAGCUUUCGAAGGGUUUCGAGCAGCAGGGCUGAAGCCCCGAUGGAAGGGAGGGGCGGGCAUUCGGUGCCAAGGCACCUAAUCACCUAGGCUGACGGGCUAGAAGUUGACGUUGAUGGAAUUGAGUAGUACAGUCGAACACGCCUAUCCU